UUGGCUUGGCUUCCCUUGACCUUGGUCGUUGUCUUCUUCUCUUAGCCAUGUCGUCGUCGUCGUCGUCAUCCUCGAAGAAGAUCAUCCUCACGAGCUCAGACGGUGAGUCGUUUGAGGUGGAAGAGGUGGUUGCGCAGCACUCCCAGACGAUCAAGGAUAUGAUCGAGGACGGUUGCGCAGGCACUAGCAUCCCUCUGCCUAACGUGAGCAGCAAAAAUCUUGCUAUGGUCAUCGAUUACUGUAGGAAGCACGUUGAUGAGGGCGUCGCCGCCGAGGAUCUCAAGUCUUGGGAUGCUGAGUUUGUCAAUGUCGACCAGGCCACGCUCUUUGGCCUUAUGCUGUCUGCAAACUACCUCAACAUCAAGGAUUUGGUUGACUUGACAUGCCAGACUGUGGCUGAUAUGAUCGAAGGAAAGACCCCAGAGGAGAUCAGGAGCACUUUCAACAUCAAGAGUGAUUUCACUCCCCAAGAAGAGGAACAGAUUCGCAAGGAGAGCCAGUGGGCUUUUGAAUGAUAUUUUCUAUCUAGUGGGGCUUUGGGGUUUUUACUUCUUUUAGUUCUGUUACUGAAAUUGAUUUUAUUCAUUAUCUCAUCUUUUGGAUUUGUUAGGCUAGGCUAGAGAUGAGCGUGUUCAGGGUUUGUUAGAUUGAUUCUCUUUGUUUACAUUUUAUAUAUUUUUUUUUAAUUUUCAGUUUAUUUUAGAGUAUAUUGUAUGAGACAGUAAUUUCAUUAUUUCUUUCAGCAUCAAAAUGAGUUAUAAUCCA